AUGGCCGAAGAAUACAAAGAUGAUGUAGCUGAUGAUGUAGCUAGCGAUGUAGCUGAUAACGAAGAAGAGGAAUUGGGAUACAUGCCAGUUACCAAGCUUAAGGAAUGCGGCAUAAAUGAAUCGGACGUUAAAAAGCUUUCAGACAACGGUUAUGCUACUGUCGAAGCUGUAGCCUUUUCACCCAGAAAAGCCCUACUGACUAUAAAAGGAAUUUCUGAAGCAAAAGUUGAUAAAAUUUUAUCGGAAGCUAUUAAGUUGUCACCUAGAAUGGGUUUCGAAUCAGCUACUUUAGUUCAAAAAAGAAGGGAAAAUUACUUUUAUAUAUCAACCGGCUCAAAGGCAUUAGAUAAACUUCUUGGAGUUGAAUGCGGAUCUAUUACCGAAAUUUUUGGUGAAUUUAGAACUGGAAAAAGUCAACUUUGCCAUACACUUGCUGUUACGUGUCAGCUUGCAAUUAAAAAUGGCGGUGGUGAGGGAAUGUGUAUUUAUAUUGAUACCGAAGGCACGUUCCGUCCUGAAAGAAUAGUGUCAGUUUCAGAACGUUAUUCUAUGGAUAAUCAAGAAGUUUUGGAUAAUAUAGCUGUUGCGCGGGCUUAUAAUACAGAUCACCAAAUGACAUUGUUGGUUCAAGCAGCUGCAAUGAUGACUGAAGCGAGGUUUGCACUUAUAAUAGUUGAUAGUGUAACAGCAUUAUACAGAACCGAUUAUUCUGGUCGAGGUGAACUUGCUGCACGCCAAAUGCAUUUGGCAAAAUUUUUGCGCGCCCUACUUCGUUUAGCUGAUGAAUUUGGAGUCGCGGUAGUUAUUACAAAUCAAGUCGUAUCAUCAGUCGAUGGAAAUAUCUUAUUCCCCGGUGCAACAGAUAAAAAGCCUAUCGGUGGAAAUAUCAUUGCUCACGCGUCGACGACAAGGCUGUCUUUACGUAAAGGCAAGGGUGAAGCACGAGUAUGCAAAAUUUACGACUCUCCAUGUCUUCCAGAAGCAGAAGCCGAUUUUAGAAUCGGACCAGGUGGGAUCGAAGACAUAAAUGAUUAA